GUGUAUUUCGACCUGCGGAUCGGUGAGGAGGAUGUGGGCCGUGUGGUCAUCGGGCUCUUCGGCAAGACGGUGCCCAAGACAGUGGAGAACUUCAUGGCCUUGGCCACCGGAGAGAAAGGAUUUGGCUUCAAGGGCAGCAAGUUCCACCGUGUGAUCAAGGACUUCAUGAUCCAAGGAGGAGACUUCACCCGCGGUGAUGGCACUGGAGGGAAAAGCAUCUACGGGGACCGUUUCCCUGACGAGAACUUCAAGCUGAAGCAUUACGGGCCAGGCUGGGUGAGCAUGGCCAACGCUGGCAAGGACACCAACGGCUCCCAGUUCUUCAUCACCACCGUGAAGACGCCGUGGCUGGACGGGAAGCACGUGGUGUUCGGCAAAGUGCUGGAGGGAAUGGACGUGGUGAGGAAGGUGGAGAGCACAAAGACAGACAGCCGGGACAAGCCCCUCAAGGACGUCACCAUCGUUGACUGUGGCACCAUCGAGGUGGAGAAGCCCUUUGCCAUCGCCAAGGAGUGACGGGACCAGGGACCAGGCCCUGCCAGGCUGUGAGGGGCUGUGGGACGGGGCUGCUGUGCUUCCCCUGCCCUGGGGCCACCGGGUCCUGCUGUGUCCCAGUGCCAGCCCCUCUCCCUGCUGCCUCCAGCCAGUGGGACAGGGCACAGGCUGCUCUUCCAUCACUUUUGUAAGAAGCACAUGCGCCAAUAAAUGUGACCAAUGUGUUUUUUAAAGA